CAAAGCCCGUGCCACAACGGAAUCUUCAACGCAUGGGCAUGGUCGUGGCCAUGGCCACCUCAACCGCUGCGAGGACGCACCAGCUCCGGCAGCCGCGCAGCAGGCCCGCGCCGUGCUCCAAGAACCGGCCCAAGCCACCAGUGGUGAUCGCGCACGAGUGCCCCAGCGCGAUGCGCGCCCACAUCCUGGAGGUGCCCGCGGGGAGAGACGUCCUGUCGUGCGUCGCGGCGUUCGCGCGGCGCGGGCGGCGUGGCGCGCUGGUGCUGGGCGCGGUCGGCCACGUCACGGACGUCGUGCUGCGGGAGCCCUCGCUGGUGUUACGCGGCACCAUGGAGAUACUAAGCCUGGCCGGCUGCUUCUUCCCGUCCCCCUCGUCGGCAGCCGCGGGCACGGCCGUGUUCCUGGCUGGGCCGCGGGGGAGCGUGCUGGGCGGCAGCGUUGCCGUGGGAGGACUGGUGGCCGCCGGGCCGGUGGUGGUGAUGGUGGCCACGUUUGUCGCGGCGGCGCUGGACAGGCUGCCGCCGGUAAAGGGGGACGUGCAUGGACGCCGGCCGUGCGGCGCCGGUGGCCAACCGCUUCAGCAGCAGCUGUGCGGGUGGGCGCUGUGCCGGAAACUGGGCGCCAAGAGCUGAGCGGUGUCGUCUAAGGAUACGUUACGGGCCUGCCUCUGCGGCGAAUUCAAUCGGCCCGCUUUAACCUUAUUUGAGCCGACUUGGUAGCAGUCCAUAAGGACAUCUGCAUAGAGUUUCAAACUCCAACAGUUCGUAUCGUUUUUAUCAUCUUCUACAAAAUUUCACGAUAUUGUUUGCA